UGUGUGCCUUGACUCUCGGUGUUCUUCAGUGUUGACAUCAGUUGCAUGAAGAUCUUAGUCCACUUAGUUUGUGAUGUGUAGGUCUUGGCUGUUGACAACUGUAGACAUGUUGAUCACAGACAUGCCGGCUUUCAGAGUUUGGUGUGACACAGACCAAAAAUAAAAAUUAUUCAAAAUUUGACAAAUUCUCAACAAGAUGGUCACGUGACCUCUUCUGCUGUUGGGUGGUGAUAGUCAUGGAGACUCGCGCUGUGGUGGCCGCAUCCACAUCAUCCAAGGCCACAAACAACAAACAACCACUACAGAUUGUACGUUGUGAGCUAGAUCCUAGUCAGUGGAGGAAAUUUCUAGUGCGCAAGCGCAACUUCUUUCGAGCGCUUCCGUGUGCUUCACUCACCGUCUCUUCUUCAGCUCUGUCGGUCUCUUCGACCUUUUCCAGAAGAGCUCUGCCAGAUAAGUCAGAAGAGUGGUGGGUGACAAUGUAAGAGAUCAAUGUAAUAGAGUGUUGUCACAAAAGUGAUGUCUCAUGUAUAAUAAUGACAACAUGCUCGAGCAUCACAGAAGUGGAAAAGAGGAGGAGAUGGAUAUGAAAACUUAUUGAGACAAUCUGUUGUAGAUGGAUUUUGGAAACAUCAGAUUAGGUGGAAAUGUUCUGUUUCAGACUAGACUGUACCCACUCCGGAUAUGAGGGUGUGUGAGGAGGAGUAUAUAAGAGCAAGCUCACCAGCUCACUUCAUCAGUAUCGAGGAUAUCGGUCAUCAUCAUGUUUUCAUUCUUUGUGACAGUUCUGGUGGUCAUUCAAGUCAUUACUACUUCUGGUGGUCAAAGUGUGUCAGAUGAGAAAAGUCAGCAGACAUGCGUACCUGCUGGUGUUCCAGGAGUACCUGGAUUGCCUGGACUGCACGGAGCACCUGGACGAGCUGGAACAAAAGGAGACAAAGGGUCAGUUGGAAAUGAUGGUAAAGGUAAUGCUGGGAAGAUAGGUCCACAAGGUCCCGAAGGUCCACAAGGGAUAAGAGGAGAACAAGGAAGGAAAGGAGAGAAAGGGGAAGCUGCGACACUCAACUGGAAACAGUGUGUGUGGGAUAGAUCAGAUAGUAAGGACAGGGGUCUGAUUCAGAACUGUAAUUUUAGGAAAUAUGACAGCAAUUCAGCUCUACAUGUUGCAUAUGCGGGAACUCUCAGGGUUUUAUGUUCCAGUGGUUACUGCUGUUCUCGAUGGUAUUUUACAUUCAACGGUAAUGAGUGCAGUGGACCUAUGACUAUUGAGGGAGUUGUGUAUGGUGAACCAGCUUAUGAUAAUCCUCAUCGUCACAGACAGAUUGAAGGAUACUGUGAGAAUAUUCCAGCAGGUCAAAUCACAAUUGGAUUCAACAUUGGAAACUGUAGGAGAUACUCGUUGUAUGAUGGGGAAACAGGAUCUAUAUCAAUAUCUCGCAUUAUGAUUGCAGAAGUUCCUCCACAACAAAAGUGA